AUGGCUGCCCUACAGCAAGGGCCAGCCAAGCUGGCGGCGGUUAAAGGCUUGGUUGACAAGCUCCGGGACGACCUUAAAACGCCAAGCUUGACCACAUCACAACGUGACACAGCGCUCGAAGAGCUCAAAGUCUAUGGCCGUGACCCGCGGUUUGCCGACCCGCUCUUCACAAAAGAGGGAAUCGAAACAUUACUACAGCUUGCCUUCUCUGGAGGCGCUGACAGCACAGCCAAGAAUGCCCUACGUGUCCUCUGCAACGCUCUAGUGCUUAAAGAACAGACACGGCAAAUGUUCAUCGACCUCGGUUACGAAGGCAAAGCCUGUGAAAGACUCAAGAAUGAUGAUCCCGACGAUGAAUUCUUAUGUUCAAGACUGCUCUUCCUGACCACGUACGGCACGAGUGUUGACUUGAGCGCCCUCAUCGAGAAGCAUCAGCUAGCCGACACCAUUACAAAGAAUCUAGAGCGCCAUGCAAGACUCCGGUCGUCCGGCCAGGUCCCGAGCAACCCCAUGGUUGAUAUGGCCAUGACCGAGUCACUGAAGCUGCUGUUCAACAUCACACACUUCGCCACGGCGCAUACAGCUGCAUUCACAAGUAUCAUCCCACCUGUCGUCCAGCUACUAUCCCAAAUGGAAUCGGCAACCUCGAAGCCUCUAGACCCGCCCGUCAACUUCCUCAUCAACGCCCUGCUGAACCUUGACCUCGGGUCCGCAGAAAUACACGACGCCUUGUACCCUCCAGACGAGCCCGAGGGAGUGGCAAAGCACCUGAUCAACCUGCUCACCAAGUCGACCACCGCCUACCACGACGCGGAAUACGACAUGUGCCUCACGCCUCUGCUCGGCGUGAUACGCGCGGUACACGAGUACGCGCCGGCGGCCGUCAAGGCGUCGAUCCGCACCCAGCUCCUGCCCACGGACAAGGAUCGCGCUCAAGUCCUGGGCACCACCGCGUCCCUGUCGAGCUGGCUGCUCAAGAACACGACGAACCCGCUCGCGCCCAAGACCCGCGAGGUCAUCGCGGACCUGCUGUACGACAUGUCGGACCGCGACGCCACGACGUUUGUGGACAAUGUCGGCUACGGCUUCGCCUCGGGAUACUUGUUCAACAAGAACAUCCCGAUCCCGGCGAGUCUGACUGCCGAGGGCGGCCCACAGAACGACGAUGGCUCCGGCGCCGGUCCUGCUGGUUCACUUUCAUCAUCCUCGCAACAAUCUAACACGGGUAACGGCGGCGGCGGCGGCGGCGGCAGCAGCAGCAGUAGACCAGUCAACCCGAUCACGGGUCAGUUCCUCGACAAGGAGCGCAAGCCUGAGGGUCCCGAGAUGACCGUGGCCGAGAAGGAGCGAGAGGCGGAGCGACUGUUUGUCCUGUUUGAGCGGCUUCGUGCAAACGGCGUCAUAUCGGCCGAGAAUCCGCUCCGGACUGCGGUUGAGCAGGGCCAGUUCGAGGAGCUCGAGGACGAGAAAAAGGGAAGCAACAGCUCGGACUAUGAUGAGGAGGAGGAGGAGGAGAGGAAAGGGAAGGGGCAGAAGAAGAAGAACUAG